UCUGUGAAAGUGAAACUAAACUUAUGAACAACAAUCUGGGUUGGUUUUAAGGUUUUUAAUAAAGAAUAAGCUUAUGUAUUUCUAUGACGUGCAAAGACGAAUGAUACUCAGAGACAAAGAGAAGAAGAGCAAUGGCAGAAUUUUUACCAACUUCACCAAGUCAAACCAGGAGACAACAUAUGGAUAAACCUCCAUCUAUGUCCUCCUCCAGUGGUUCUAUGGCUGAGGAGCUUCAGUGUUCAGUGUGUCUGGAAGUGUUCACUGAUCCAGUCAGCACUCCAUGUGGACACAACUUCUGUAAGAGCUGCCUGAACCAGUGCUGGGACAACAGUCAGGACUGCAAAUGUCCAUUGUGUAAAGAAACAUUCAGUAAAAGACCCGACCUCAAGAUCAACACAGCACUUAGACAGCUUGUACAACUCUUUCAAGAAAAGUUCACUCUGAAUAUAACUGAUGUUCUCUGUGACAUCUGUGAUGAAAGAAAGCUGAAAGCCCUGAAGUCCUGCCUGGUGUGUCAAAACUCAUACUGUGAAACUCAUCUGGAGCCUCAUCAGAGAGUCCCAAACUUAAAGAAACACAAACUGAUGGACCCUGUGGAGAAUAUGAAGGACUAUAUAUGCCAGAAACACGAGAGACCUCUGGAGCUGUUCUGUAGAGAUGAUCAGACACGUUUGUGUGCGUUUUGCACUGAUGGAGACCACAAGACUCACAACACUGUUCCUCUAGAGGAGGAGAGUAAUAAGAAGAGGGCUCAGCUGGUGAAGACACAGAAACACGUGCAGCAGAUUAUCCAGGACAGAAUUAGGAAGAUUCAGGACAUCAGACACUCAGCAAAACUCGGAAAAAAAAGUGCAGAGCGAGAGAAAGCAGCCAGCGCUGAGCUCUUCAGUGAUCUGAUGCGCUCUAUUAAAAGAUGUCAGGCUGAGCUGCUGGAGAUGAUGGAGGAGAAGCAGAAAACAGCAGAGAAACAGGAUGAAGAGCUCAUUCAAGAGCUGCAGCAGGAAAUCACUGAGCUCAAGAUGAGAAACACUGAGCUGGAUCAUCUCUUACACACUGAGGAUCACCUCCAGCUCCUACAGAUUGAUCCAUCCCUGUGCAGCCCUCCACACACCAGGAACUGGCCUGAGAUCAGUAUGAACACUGAUGUGAGUGUGGGGACUCUGAGGAGAGCUCUGACUCAACUGCAGGAAACUUUAGACCAGAAACUCAGUCAAACUGUGUUGAUGAGGAUGCAGCAGUAUGCAGUGGAUGUGACUCUGGAUCCUGAUACAGCUCAUCCAUAUCUCAUCCUGUCUGAUGAUGGGAAACAAGUGAUACACGGAGAUAUUAAACAAAAGCUCCCAAACAACCAAAAGAGGUUUGAUCACUGCACCUGUGUCCUGGGAAAAGAUGGAUUCUCCUCAGGGAGAUUUUAUUUUGAGGUGCAGGUGAAUGAAAAGACUAAGUGGGAUUUAGGAGUGGCCAAAGAAUCUAUUAACAGGAAGGGAAAGGUCACUGUGAGUCCUCAGGAUGGAUUCUGGGUUUUGGGUCUGUGGAAUGAGAAUGAAUAUUGGGCUUGUACUGAUUCCUAUGUCCUACUGUCUCUGAGAGUGAAACCACAGAAGGUGGGGGUGUUUGUGGAUUAUGAGGAGGGUCUGGUCUCCUUCUAUAAUGUGGAGUCCAAAUCUCAUAUCUACUCCUUCACUGGUCAGUCUUUCACUGAGAAACUGUAUCCUUUAUUCAGCCCAUGUCGUAAUGAAAAAGGUACAAAUUCAGCCCCUUUGAUUAUCUCAUCGAUUAAUAGCAAUGAAUGAAUUCAUUUUCAUAAUUUGGAAAAACAUAGAUGUAGGGGCAUAAUGUCAUUUGUUCCUUCUGAAUUUGUUUAUUUUUUAGGACUGCAAAAAGU